GGCCUCCCCGGAGCACGGUCACUUCCUCUUUCCUCCGGCCCGCGCGGGUAACUCACUCCUCUCCCGGGCCGGCCGCUCCCCUCGGGGUCUCUGGCCCCGCGCUUGCCCCGGCGGGGCUCUUCCCGGGGCCGCUGUGGGAGGCUCUGCUCCCAUGAGGAUCCCGCGGCCGACCGCGAGCCCGCCGCCAUGAACGGGGUGGUGAUCCCGCACACGCCCAUCGCCGUGGACUUCUGGAGCCUGCGCCGGGCCGGCUCCGCGCGGCUCUUCUUCCUCACCCACAUGCACUCGGACCACACCGUGGGGCUGUCCAGCACGUGGGCGCGGCCCCUCUUCUGCUCCCCGAUCACGGCCUUCCUCCUGCACCGGCACCUCCAGGUAUCUAAGCAGUGGAUCCGAGCCCUGGAGGUUGGUGAGAGUCAUGUCCUGCCUCUAGAUGAAAUUGGGAGAGAGACCAUGACUGUAACCCUGAUAGAUGCCAAUCACUGCCCUGGCUCUGUCAUGUUUCUCUUUGAAGGAUACUUUGGAACCAUCCUCUACACAGGUGAUUUCCGGUACAUACCGUCCAUGCUAAAGGAGCCAGCUCUGAGAGUGGGAAAACAGAUCCAUACCUUAUAUCUAGACAACACUAAUUGCAACCCAGCGCUGAUUCUUCCCUCCCAAAAAGAAGCCACCCAGCAGAUUGUCGAACUCAUUCGAAAGCACCCACAACAUGAUGUAAAGAUUGGACUCUAUAGCCUGGGAAAAGAGUCCCUGCUGGAGAAGCUGGCCCUGGAGUUGCAGACCUGGGUGGUGUUGAGUCCUCAGCGCCUGGAGGUGGUACAGCUGUUGGGCCUGGCAGAUGUGUUCACAGUGGAAGAGAAGGCUGGCCGCAUCCAUGUCGUGAGCCACAUGGAGAUCUGCCAUUCGGCCAUGCUGCGUUGGAACCAGACCCACCCUACCAUUGCUAUCCUCCCCACAAGCCGGAAAAUCCACAGCUCCCACCCUGACAUCCAUGUCAUACCUUACUCCGACCACUCCUCCUACUUGGAGCUUUGUGCCUUCGUGGCAGCACUGAAGCCUUGCCAGGUCCUGCCCAUUGUCAGUCGACAGCCCUAUGGGGACUGCUUUCAGGGUAGCCUGGGCCCCAGUCUCCCGGUGCCCACGAUCCCGGACUCUGUCCAGCAGUACAUGAGUUCCUCCUCCAGCAAACCAAGCGUUCUCUGCCUGUUAGAAAGGAGGCUUAAGAGGCCAAGAACCCAGGGUGUCGUGUUUGAAUCUCCCGAGGAGAAGGCUGAUCAGUUUCAAGCUGACAGGGACUCAAAGAAGGUCAAGAAUGAGGACCUUUCUGGGAACCUUGAGAAGCAGCCCUCCCACCAUCCUUUGCGGACCAAGAAGCAGUUGUUCCCAGACCUCUGCAGCAAAGAGUGGGAUGAGGCUGUCCCUUCCUCUGAAUCCCAGAAGGUGGCGACCGUACUCACUGCCCCCUUGGGUUUUUCAGUUCAUUUAAGGUCUAUAGAUGAAGAAUUUCUCUCUUUGGAAACUGGGGAGGAAAUUGGUGUAAGGCCCCAAUUGGUCCCUAGGGGAGACAGUGAUGGCUCUGCAGUCUCAGGGAAGCAGUGUGCGUGGAGGGACCAGGAUUCACCCCAGUCUCACAGCAGCAAGGCUGUCCCUCUUCUCGCUCCUGAGUUCAGUGGCCUGGCACUAAAAUACCUCCUGACUCCAGUGAACCUUUUCCGGACAAGGUUCUCUUCCAGGGGCUUUGACCAGCAAUUGGAAAAAUAUCAUAAAUCCUUGCUAAAGUCCCGACAGGGGAGAGAGUACAGCCUUGUUUGAGCCAGCACUAUGGUUUUGAAGAUAGUGGCUGAUGGCUGGUAGAGAGUUUUGUUUAGGGCCUUUUCUGUCUUCCCAGGAUCACCCUGGACUCAGUGUAUGUUCAUUGGAAGCCUAGUGCCUAUGGGAUCCUUAGUUUAUAGUUGAAAAACGGGUUUUCAUUCAAACACCUUUACAGUGUGAGCCCCUGUAAGGUUCUAAAUCUGUUUACAUUUGUUAACACAGUAUUUCUGCAACUUUUUUUUGAAUGUUCAGGCCUCUUAGGUGGCUGCAGAAAGAGUUAAAGAGUCCCGUUGUUAUUUUGUGUCUUGUGCCAUUCCACGACCCCUCCUCCCUUUUCCUAGACAGAAGUCCCUGGGAAGUUCUGUUUUUUGAAUUAGGAACUGUGGUGCCAGAGAAUAAAGUGGCCCAGGCAGCUCCUUCCAACCCUGGAUGUCACUGACUUGCUGUGACCCCAUCCAGGCUCCUUCCUGU